AUUGCGGAAGAAGAAGAUUUUGCAUUUUCAUUGUUAUUUCCAUUUGUACAUCGUUUUGUGAGUUGUUUUCGAGUUCAUUACCCCAAAAUCAAGUCUAUCUAGUUGUACUAGUCAAAAAUGGAAGGAGCAGGCAAUUGGUGCUUAAUAGAAAGUGAUCCAGGCGUAUUCACCGAACUGAUUAAGGAAUUUGGCGUUGAAGGUGCCCAAGUAGAAGAGAUUUGGUCAUUAGAUGCCGAGUCAUUUAAAAAUUUGGAGCCCAUACAUGGUCUUAUCUUCCUCUUCAAAUGGGUUCAGGACGAUGAACCAGCAACGAAUGUUGUAAAAGACAAUCGUCUCGAUAAAAUUUUCUUUGCGAAACAAGUUAUUAACAAUGCGUGCGCUACGCAGGCCAUUUUGAGCGUUCUGUUAAAUUGCAAACAUGAGGACAUAAAGCUGGGCGAAACCUUGACCAACUUUAAGGAGUUUUGUCAAUUUUUUGAUCCAUACAACAAAGGUUUAACUCUAAGCAAUGCAUCACAAAUACGAACGGUGCACAAUAGCUUUGCCCGCCAAACGCUUUUCGAGCUGGAUUCGAAAAACCAAAAUAAAGACGAAGAUGUUUAUCAUUUUAUUGGUUAUGUACCGAUUGAAGGACGUCUCUAUGAGUUGGAUGGCUUGAAGGAGGGACCCAUUGAUUUGGGUGCCAUUGGAUCUGAUCAGAAUUGGAUUGAUGUGGUGCGUCCAAUAAUUGAAAAACGCAUGAACAAAUACAGCGAAGGCGAGAUACACUUCAACCUAAUGGCCAUUGUCUCAGACAGACAAAAAAUUUAUCAACAACAAAUCGAUAAAUUGCUUAGUGGUGGCGCGGUCGAUGCGCAUGCCAUGGAAACGGAUGAUCGUGAAACGGAAAUUGCAAAACUUCGUUCCAUGAUUGACAAUGAAGCUGAGAAACGUAAACGAUAUCGCAUAGAGAACAUUAGACGGAAGCACAAUUACUUGCCGUUUAUAGUGGAGCUGUUAAAAAUGUUGGGCGAACGCGGUCAAUUGAUGCCCAUCUAUGAAAAAGCCAAACAAAGGGCAAUGGAACGAGAAGCUGCAGCUGCAAAGAGCAAAUCCUAGGCUUAUCAAAUUUCUUAAUCCCAUACAUUGCCGAGUGUUGUCUAUUCUAGUUAUCCCUGUUUAAAAGGGGUCUUUUUUUACUCACACACACACCCACAUUUUUUGUUUUCCAUUUAUUUAUAAUAUUGAGCAUUUGUUUUCCCCCCAGAUAUUUGAUUAAUUGAAACAUAACAUUCUUUUUGUAAUUACAAAGCGCAUAAACUGCCUUCUUUGCAAACAACUUGGUUCGUAAAGUUCAUAUAAAUCCCUUGCAUUUUCGCCAAUUAUUGGAUUACACGUUUCGAAUAAAGUAUGCCGGAAAAUUUUUUUGA